CCAUAAUUUAAGGCGCAAGGCCCACCCCGUCCGUGCUAUCAUAUCCACUUCAAACACCCCCUGUCCCGCUCUCGACGCGCGCGCUUUCCAAAUAACUCUCCCCUCCAAGGCUCAGCUGCGUUUCGCAUACUCCUUUUUCCUUACUUCUCCCACCCUACCCUCCAGUUGCCACAGCCCUCUCGUAUCUCGCUCUUCGCAGCAACACCUCCAGCCGAUCAGUCGAAACACUCGUAUCCAAACCACCAACAAUGUCAUCGGACUCCGAACAAGAAUGGAAGCCCAGCGGUCGCCCUCAGUCGACCAUGGCACAAGCCUUUUCGACCGCGCUGGAUAGCGCCUUCUCCCUGGACACCGAUGUCAACCAUCUCUCCCAGACAAUCGACCAAAAGAAGCUGCAAAUGAUGAUCCAGACCCGCGAGCUCGAACAACUGCAAGCCAAGAUCCGCGAAGCCGAAGAACGCCUCAAAGCUCGACAGUCCAUGAUUAUGGAAACCAGAAACCCUGCAGCGCAAAGAGACGGUCGGUUUUACGGAGGCUCAGGAAACACAUCAGCAUCGUCGUCACCCACAGAAUCAGCACAGUACUCGAGUGGUGAUGAACAGCCGCGACACAGCCAGGGCCGCAGUUCAUGACGGGCGACUGGAUGAGCCAGCAUUGGUACAUUAGCAUCAUAUAAUUUGGAUUAUGGUUUCAAGGACAGGAGAACUUGGUGGGGUUUGACUUCACUGCUACAAUAUUUUAUAUAUCCUUAUCGGGCGAGCAUGUUUGGGAGAAAUUGGGUUUUUCAUGUUGCU